AUGCUGGACGUCGUCAUUGUUGGAGCAGGCAUCGCCGGCCUCUCGGCCGGCAUCUCGCUCCGCCGCUCGGGCCACGUUGUGCGCAUCUACGAGCGAUCUGCCAUCAACGACGAGGUCGGCGCCGCCAUCAACGUCCCUCCCAACGCGACGCGGUUUCUCACACGAUGGGGUCUCGACCCAGAGGCCUCCGGCUUCGUCAAGGCCGGGCCUGUCCAUUUCCAGGACCCUGUCACGAUGGAGAUCACGUCGACACUGUCACACGCCGACAACGAGGAGUUCUACGAUGCCGAUCUCUGGUACGCCCACCGCGUGGAUCUGCACGAUACCCUCAAGAGGAUAGCGACCGAUCCUGCAGGUCCGGGCGUUCCCGUCACCAUCCAUCCCAACUCGUGGGUUAUGGGAUACAACCCUGAGUUGCCGGCAGUGCACCUUCAAGAUGGUGAUGAGAUUCAGUGCGACCUUGUCGUAGGUGCAGACGGCAUUCACUCUAUUGCGGCCGAGACAAUUCUCGGUCACAAGAAUCCUCCCGUGGCGCCCCUUCUUCACAACUGCUGCUACCGAUUCUUGAUUCCCGCCGAAGUUCUGGAGGAAGAUUCCAAAACCAAGUUUUGGAACGAGGACGCCGACGGCCUCAUUCGUCUUUUCCCUGACAACAAGAGCAACAGGAGGCUAGUGUCAUAUCCAUGCCGAAACAAUACGAUCCACAACUUCGUUGGUAUCCUUUACGAUGAAGAGAUGAAGGACGCUUCCAGCGAAGAUUACCAAGCCGAUGUCAACAAAGUACAAGUGAUUGAAAAGUUUGCUGGGUUCCAUCCAAGUCUACUGGCUAUAAUCAACAAAGCAACUGAGAUCAAGCGAUGGCCACUGUUUUACCGUGCUCCGCUACCGACUUGGCGGAAAGGAAAGAUGGUCAUAACCGGCGAUGCGGCGCAUCCAAUGUUACCUCAUCAAGGACAAGGCGAUGCCAUGGGUCUCGAAGAUGGCCUGGCUCUAGGUGUCGUGUUCGCCGGUGUAUCUGACACUUCUGAUCUCGAGAAGAGGUUGGAGCUCUUUGAAAAGAUUCGCAGAAACCGUGCCAGUGCGAUCCAAAUUCUUAGCAACGUUGGGACCGACCAAACAAGUCUUGUUGAGAAGGACCUAGUGGAAUUUGUCGCGGCGGAUGAGAUUCCAAAAAACCCGCAAGAAAACUUAGCCUUCAACUUCGGCUAUGACGUUAUCAAUGAGGCUAUCAAGAUCAUGGAAGAAUACGACCCAUCAUCUCAUCUUCCUCACGACUUUUUCGAGGACGAUUCUUUCGACAUGACUCACGUCAACGGAGAGCUGUCGAAAAUGAGUGGACUUGGUUUCAUCAAGGUCGAAACAUGCAUCAACAUCGACACUGAGUGA